AUGGAUAAAGGUUUAGAUCCUUCUCUGUAUCCUGUCUCAAAGGAUUUGGGAAUCGGAAUGCUCACCGAGCUUCCUAUGAACUGUAGUUGCCCGGAUCUUCGUGUAAUCCAUUCUGUGGCAGAUAAAAAUGGGAAGCUGAAAUUUGAACGAGAAGCUGAGAUAUCAGGGGCUAUGGCUGUUUAUGGAAUUGCUGGCUACUUGGCUCCCUUCCCCGGAUACUGUAAUAGUGACCAAGUUGAACUCAUAGAGUUCUACUCUCCGGUUUUGAAAGAAUACCGCUACGACACCUCUAACAAUAUUUACAAUUACUAUCAAGACUAUAAAAACUAUUUCCGUCCGGUUCGAGUUUUGGGCUACGCCUACUAUACGACGAGUAGUGUUUGGAUGAGUGGAGUUGCGCCGUUUGUAAAGCCAAACCUUCAAAGUCCGGUUUUUAAGACUAUAUCUGUCAGAUUUGACAUGACACGGGUUUUGACAAAAAAUGGCUCCAAAUCCUUCGCCAUCAGCAUUGACCUGAUCCGAACAUUGGUUGACGUGGAUGGCUGGAUCCUUACGGAUACCGUACUCCCUGGCCCGAUGAGCUCGCAAAACGAGCUCGACAACAUCAGAGAGCUCUGCGGGCAGAGCGCAUUACAGAAAUGUUCAGAGACCAGGGAUCCGAACACUGGGUUCUAUCGUCCCAUUAACUCAGAAAUUCAGUCGAUGAAUGGAAAAGAAAAAGUUGGAGAUUGUGGAUACUUCCUGGCCGAUGUGUCCUUGUGUUUCCCGCAGGCGUCGCAGUUUUAUUCAUACAUUCCAAAGUACAAUAACAAUUCGGUGAUCUACGGCAACUACAACGACGGUGAAAAUGGAAACUCUGUAGGAUACGCCUACCCGCAUACUUUUGCAUUCUUGAAGUUGUAA